AUGGGCCAGGCAAAUUCCACGGGCGCUGCGGACGCGCAAACACGGCGGCGCUCGCGGCCGCAGUCAUGGGCGCCUGGCUUGCUGGCCUCGUCCCAGCCCGACAGCGACACGGUGCCAGAGCUGCUGCAGAGAGCGCCGGACACGCCCUCACGACCCCGAACGAGCACCACCAGACUCUCCAACCGCCUCUCUUCUCAUUUCGGGCGCCACGAUGCUGGCCCGUCAGCGCCCGGAGAUGCUCCGCUGCCCAGUCGCUCGCGAUCGCGGCUGAACCGGGCGCGCUCUUCGCUCAGCUCCAUGACGGGCCUGCUGUCCAGGCGGCCGCCCAUGGCUUCCCGCAACACGGAACCCACGCCCGGCGUCGCUGCAGCCAGCAUACCCAGUACCAGCACGCCAAGCCGCUCCGCUCUGAGACACGCAGCAAGCGACCGAGGGCCCUUCCUUCCCCGUGUGCAGGUGCCGGAGCUGGGGCUCGACUUUGACCAGCUGCUGCGGAGCAACUCGCAGGGCGAGCGGCCGGACGCACAUCGACCGCGGCCGCUGGUUCCUCUGAGCCCGCUGCGCCGGGAUGGGCGGGCGCUCGGCAUCAUUCCGUCUCAGCGGCGACUUCGCAACAUGAUAGGACACCCGCGGAGGAGACGGUCACUAUGGCAGGAUGGAGAGAACAUGGACAACGUGCAGCAGCUGCGGCAGGGCGAGGACCAGGCCGACGUGCUGUCGAGACUGCUAUCGCUGGCCGCCGCAGCCACGGCAGCCUCACUGGUGGGCGACGACAACCAAGCAGCAACCCGAGACGGCACAUUCGAUACCUUCUUGCAGUCGCUGCAGAAUGGCAGCAUAGCAUCGGCGCUCCGAGGCAACGAGGACGGACAAGGUGGCGACACUCCGGGAGCCGCCCAGGCGCCCCUCAAUUUCUUCAGAAUGUUCAGAUUUGGCACCGGCACCGACAACGGGCGGAACGAUAGUAGUGGGCGCGGUGGCAGUGCAUCAGGGAAUAGCGGAGCAGAAGGCGACGAGGAUGGGGAGGGCAGGAUGGUGCCGAUAAUCAUUGUGGGCAUCAGAUCCAUACAACCCGGAAGUGGCACUGGACAGGAGGAUGCCAGCAUACCGCCCUUCCUUGAUGCCCUCUCGAGCUUCCCCACACCACCGACGUCACCAGGCGAUGCCAAUGCAAACAUCCUACAACCACCACAGAACGGGACACGCUUCAGCCAUAGGCGGCGAGCCUCGAUGGGCGGCUUCAACUUUCCUUCCAAUUACGACAGUCAAAGGCAUCACCGCGGCACGCCACAAGAGCACCCUCGGCCAUGGUCAUCCGUUACUGACUCUCCCCCGGGGCCUCUCCCCCCACCCUCCACGCCCGCGACGACGCUCAACUUCUCAGCCGGCCCAUCAGGCGCCACUACACCAGCGACUUCCACCUCUCCUCCCUCGCCGACCAUACAGUCCUCGGCACCUUCACGGCGGAACAGCUUCGUCCGUAGAGCUGCCGGCUCGACUCUCGAGCCCACUGCAGAAGAGCCACAAACGCACACCCGCAAUGCUCGCCCACGACGCUUGAGCGAGUCGGAUUUCACAAGGUAUGGGUCGGGUGCACCCCGUAGAAGAGGUGUCGUGGAGCCCGACAACAAUCCUGGGGAGGGUUCGAGGAGCUGGAUCAUAUACGUCCUGGGAGGGAGCUACCCAGAGAACCACCCUAUUCUUACUACCCCAAGUCUCUUCACUGAUUCACCAACUUACGAAGACAUGAUGUUGCUUUCUUCUAUACUCGGGCCCGCCAAACCGCCAGUUGCGAGCGAAGAGGAUGUGGCUUCGGCUCCGGGUCUCUUCAGGAUACAAGAUCGUGUUGGUACUCUUGUGGCCGAGGCUGUUGAGGGCGAGGAGACCAUCAGUCUCGUUCCGGGUGCGCGCUGCCUCGUCUGCCUAUGCGACUUCGAGGUGGAUGAGGAGGCGCGGAAGCUGGUCAGGUGCGAACACAUGUUCCACAAGAUUUGCAUUGAUCAGUGGCUGACAACAGGACGCAACUCGUGUCCGCUCUGUAGAGGUGAGGGCGUGCACGAAACGGUCAAAGAAGCCGAUGCCACUCCCGAUGCCGCUGCGCCUGCCGCGCCGCAAGCAGCCGCUUGA